AUGAGGGGCUCCCUCUUCCUGUUACUGCUAUCUGUCGGGCUGACUUCUUCUCCAGCUCCCCAGCCUGAUCUGAGGAAAAGUCAUGGUCCUGAUGCUGGCCCAGACCCUACAGCUGUGUUCCUAGGAGCCCCCAGAGCCCAGAGUUUCCUGGGGAUUGGGCCUGCACCCAGGCGCAUUCCCCGGGCUAAUCAUUGGGAUUUGGAGCUGAUAACUCCUGGGAACUUGAAACGGGAAUGCUUGGAGGAACGCUGUUCCUGGGAAGAAGCCCGGGAGAUCUUUGAAGACAAGGCCCUGACGGACAAGUUCUGGGAGACCUAUCCCUACAAUGGGAAGGGCGGCGCUGCGCACGGACGAGUGGACGUAGCAGCGCUGACUGUGGGGCUGGGGGCUGGCCUACUGGUGUUGCUCCUGGCAGCCCUGGGCACAUUCUGGUAUCUGCAUAGGCGGAGGCAGUUGGGCCGAGGCCCUGGGACCUCUCCUCAAAGAGCCUUCUUGGUGACAGAGGAGCUGCCGCUGAGCCCCUUGCCGCCUCCCCCCGGUCUCCCCACUUACGAACAAGCACUGGCAGCCUCAGGGGUGCACGACGCGCCCCCCCCACCCUAUCAGAGCACUCGGCGGGCCCGCAGAGAAGACCACCUCCCCCUCCCUCAGGCCAGCCCGCGCCACUCUGGCCGCCCUGAACGGGGCUGGAAAGGACUUGCCCUCCCCCGCGGGCCUCGACCCCCUUCGGCCACUCUGGCAGGUUCCCUAGAGCACUAGGGGCACGGAUGUGCACACGUGGCCCAGCCCCGCUGUCCCAGUGGCAGAGGUGCGAGCGCCCAGACAUCCGCCCGUGGCCAUCGUAUCUCUCGGCGUUCCCGCCCCAUCCUCCCAGAGGCCGCUGCCAGUCUCCCGUGGGGGGGCCUAGGUGUGUUGCCACUUCUCUGAUACGCCCGGGCCCCCUCGCCUCGAAGCCUGGUUCUGGACUGUGCCAAUCGGCUCGAGGGAGGGGAGGGGCCGGCUCGCCCCGGGCCCAGUGGGAGAAGGGCUCGGGCAGAGGCCGUCCUCGCUCCGGCACGUCGGGCGGGAGGGCCGCGGCUGCGCGCUAGCUACGGCAGGGGCGGGCCAGGCUGGGGCUUCUUUCUCCAGCCCAGCCGGCCGGCCCCUCCUUCCCUCUCCCUCCCUCCUCCCCUCCC